AUGGAGGCAGCAGCAGCUACAGCAGCUACCCCGGGGGAUGAAGGAAAUGCAGGAGGUGGAGCUAGUGGUGGAUACAAGCCUCCUUCUGGAGGUGGAGGAGGUGGAGUUAGCAGUGGAUACAAGCCUCCUUCUGGAGGUGGAGGAGGUGGAGUUAGCAGUGGAUACAAGCCUCCUUCUGGAAGUGGAGGAGGUGGAAUUAGCAGUGGAUACACGCCUCCUUCUGCAGGUAGAGGAGGUGGAGUUAGCAGUGGAUACAAGCCUCCUUCUGGAGGUGGAGGAGGUGGAGUUAGCAGUGGAUACAAGCCUCCUUCUGCAGGUGGAGGAGGUGGAGUUAGCAGUGGAUACAAGCCUCCUUCUGGAGGUGGAGGAGGUGGAGUUAGCAGUGGAUACACGCCUCCUUCUGGAAGUGGAGGAGGUGGAGUUAGCAGUGGAUACAAGCCUCCUUCUGCAGGUGGAGGAGGUGGAAUUAGCAGUGGAUACACGCCUCCUUCUGGAGGUGGAGGAAGUGGAGUUAGCAGUGGAUACAAGCCUCCUUCUGGAGGUGGAGGAGGUGGAGUGAGUGGUGGAUACAAGCCUCCUUCUGGAGGUGGAGUGAGUGGUGGAUACACGCCUCCUUCUGGAGGUGGAGGAGGUGGAAUUAGCAGUGGAUACAAGCCUCCUUCUGGAGGUGGAGGAGGUGGAGUGAGUGGUGGAUACAAGCCUCCUUCUGGAGGUGGAGGAGGUGGAGUUAACAGUGGAUACAAGCCUCCUUCUGCAGGUGGAGGAGGUGGAGUUAGCAGUGGAUACACGCCUCCUGCAGGUGGAGGAGGUGGAGUUAGCAGUGGAUACAAGCCUCCUUCUGCAGGUGGAGGAGGUGGAGUUAGCAGUGGAUACAAGCCUCCUUCUGCAGGUGGAGGAGGUGGAGUUAGCAGUGGAUACAAGCCUCCUUCUGGAGGUGGAGGAAGUGGAGUGAGUGGUGGAUACAAGCCUCCUGGAAGUGGAGGAGGUGGAGUUAGCAGUGGAUACAAGCCUCCUUCUGGAGGUGGAGGAGGUGGAGUUAUCAGUGGAUACACGUCUCCUUCUGGAGGUGGAGGAGAUGGAGUGAGUGGUGGAUACAAGCCUCCCUCAGGUGUGUCCAGGGAUUGCAAAUCUGGAUCUGGAGGUACUGGUGGAUACGGCCCUUCCGGAGGAGGAAGUGGAUAUAAAGCUCCCGUUUCCGGAGGUGGGGUGGGAAGUGCCACUUAUAAAUAUAUUCCGCCUCCGUCAGUGCGGGGAUACGGGAGCUCCUAUGCCGGGGUUGAAGGAGCGGCUGGUUCUUCUGCUGGAUGCACAAGUUCGUCGGCUGGCGUAGGAGCCACUCCUGGAGGCUUUUCUGGCCGCGGGGCUGAGCAGGGAAACGGAGCAGGCGGGAGAGUGUAUAAAUCAUUUUCAAGCAGAAGUCCUGUCCGAAAUGCCCUUGCGUCCCUGCUUGAUAUAAGCAAGAGCAGCGCUGAAGAGAUUAGCAGUUACGUCAGCAUAGAAUAA